CUUUAUUGGACAUAUAAUCCUGCAAGUGGCAAAAAUAGUUUGUACGUUGCGAUGGCCCAAACAUGUCAGCUAAAAGCCUUGCUUCAGGUUACUGCGGCUAAAAUGGAUAUUGAAGAUGAACUUCUUGAGCACUACCUGAAUCGGGUUGUGAAUGUAGUAUGUUCGUCUGACUUGUCAAAAGCACUCACAGAAGAAUUCAUAUUAUCUGUAAAAUGCUUAAUUAACAUUUGUUCAGCUGUUCAAGGAACACGUCUUUUAUCAACUGUGCUGUCAACUAAAGAAAAACGUGAAGAGUUCACUCGGAUCCUUACUACCCUCUCUUUGGAUAAUUCUAGAAGUCAUGCUGAUUUAGCGUCUCUAAUUAUUGACUUGAUUUCAAAUUUGACUAGAGAUCCUGUUUGGUUGGGUCAUUUCGGUGAACAUUUUGAUAACAAACAUAUUAGAUCGAUCCUCAGCUCAGGUUCUUCUAUCCAGAAGUUUCUCCCAAUAGUACUUAACCUAAGUAGGUUAACAUCAGUACGCCACUCCAUAUGCUCAUCAGAACUAUUACGAAAGCUGAUCGGUUUAUUUUCAAAUGUGCUUUCCGUCCCUAUCAAAAUUCUAAUAGCUGGCAUAAUAAAAAACUGCUCAUUUGAAGAUGAGCUUCAUAGUGAGCUUUUCAACAAGGGCGUUGGUUUGCUCGAUGCAGUUUUAGUUCCACUUUGUGGUCCAGAAGAUUGUAUUGACAAAGAAGACCGUGCUAUAUUGCCUAAAUCUGUGCAGACUAUAACUGGGAGCUCCCAGUUUUCUCGUUUGUUUUCCACUGAGUUGUAUCUUACUAUUUGCCAAACAUUUUUGCAGUUCUGCUCCACCAGUCACGGACGAACAUUUCUUCGGUCCAAUGGAGUUUAUUUUAUUUUGCGUGAGUUACACAAUUAUAUAGCAAAAGCCGAAGAACAAACACAAUGUCCUAAAACUGAUGAAGCAGUUACAAACAAGGAAUUAUUAUUUUGCAUCGAACAAGUAGUAGAUCAACUCAUUUGUGAGGAAAAUGAACGUGAUGAGCGCUGUGCAAAAUCCAGUCUUAGAGAAAUAAAUAUUGACGCAGAAACUAAAGAGAAACUUGAUAGAGUGAAAAAAGACUAUUUGGAAUGCAAGUAAUGUCUGAUAUCUUUAGUGUAUUUCAUCUUGGCUUUGUAAAUGCUCAGUACUCCAGUUGCUGUUUCUACUCUUUAAUUUUUCUACACCCCAAUCAAUUCUAAUUAACACUUACGACGAUGAAUUUCAGUUGUUUAACGUUAAACCUGUGUAACAACCUUCGUUGAUAGCAAUCAUCCUUUCUUAUCACUAAGUGAAAUAUUAAACCUUAUCUGCGAACGCCUUGUAGACACUGCUCUGUAAAAAACAUCGAAUUCUAACGUUCUUUAUAAUCUGAAUAUAUUCGACAGUGUUUUCAAUUGUGAGCUAAUUUUCCGUCAGUAGGUUUUAAAGAGAUCCAACGUAUGCAAUAAAAUAAAUGGGAAAGUAACGGGAAACUUGAUAAUCUAUACAGCUUAAGCGCAAACUCAAUUGAGAUAGUUUUUUUUUCAGUUUCAUUCCAGACUUUGCUCAGUUUCAAGGUGUAUCAUUCUGUUUUAAAGCGUACAUAAAUGUAUUUAUUUUAGCAGACAUCUGGAACUAUGGUAGAAAUAUAAAGGCCAACUAUAAACAUUGAUUAUUCAGUACAGUUUCAGAAUGAUCAUUCAAAUGGUAGUAUUCAAUUUGUAAGUUCUUCCAUUAUCCCCUCUUUAUUACUCUUUGCUUGAUAUUAUACAAGUUGAAGAAAAAUCUAAUCUUCCAGUCGAGAUUAAAUCUAUAAGUUAUAAUUAUUCCAAAAAUAGUUAUCUCUGCUCAUGUCCAUAUUUAGUCCUGUCACAGCUAAUGUUAAAAGCUGAAAGUAAGAAUCACAGUCGUGUUAGUUUUGUGUUGAAACAGAUACAGACUUGGUAAUUGGGCAAAAACAACACUACGGUUCACUUUCACCUUAUUCGUUCUAGCUAUGCAUCAGCAGAUAAGUCCCACAGGGAAUAUUCUAAGAGUAAUGUGGGUGCACAGUUUGUGUCAUAAAUAAUGGUCAACUCUUUGCAAAGAUACAAUGUAUCGCUUACAGUAAAAAUGAACAAAUGCUGAGUAAAUAAUACCAUCAAUAACCGACUUGAGAAAAAAUUCAGUAAUAAGUUCACAGUAUGAAGCGUUUUGAGGUUCAUAUAAACUGUUGGAUACUAAAGAAUUGGGUUACUAUUCCUUUUAUUGAACCAGGUUAUUACUCAGAAAAACAUGGGAACAGUGAGCGUAUCAUCUGAAUUCGAAUUCGGAAUUGAUUUAUGUGCUCAAGUGGUUUAUGUUUGUCUCUCUAACGUCUAGCGUCCGUUACCUUUCGGAGUGUUCGUUGUUAAUUUUGUCUAUUCAGCAGAUUCCCAAAACAUUUAAGCACUCCCUUCUAAUUAGUUGGAGGUACUGGAAACAUUUUCAAAAGAAAUUUAAACAUUUGGAUGGUUUCGAAAUAAAUUGCAUUGUCAUAUUAGCAGGAACAGUGGAGGAAUAAGAAAGCCUACGCAUAACUACCGUAUAGUCAACAAAUAAAGGAUUGUAUAAUGUAAACUUCAGCUAGAUUUACAAAGUGAACUAAAAUAAGUUAGGAGCUAGAUUUUUUAGUCAAGCUAUCGUUGCUUAUUAGUGCUCUAAGCAGAAAAAUUAGCUUCACAAUAGAUUCGUUUGACUAUAUACUUAGUCGAUUUAUGGGAUUCGAAAUAACGGUAUAGAAAAUUAUCAAAUAGUUAAUACACUAAGAUAGAAUAUUUUGAGAAGCUGAACAAAUGUAUCGGUGUUCCAAUACAAUAUUCGAAGGGACUACUUCGAUGCUUUCCCGACGUAUAAUUUAAAUUUUAGAAAUCAGUUCUAUAGACAAACUGAUGGCUUUGCAAAGGGGUCACCACUCGGCCCGUUUCUAGUUGACUGUUUCAUUGCUAAUCUCAAAAACAUUAUACUUAGACCGGUAGUUGAUAGCUUCGUUCUAUAAAAGACGACAUUUUCAUUACUUGUGAUAUAAACAUCAAUGUUAAUGACAUCCCGGACUCGUUCAAUAACUGUUAUCAAUCAACUAAGUUCACGGUAGAAUGAGUGCCAUAUUCAUAUUCCCACCUCUUAGAUGCUCCGGUAAAAAGGAGACCUGGCGGUUCUCUACAGAGAUCAAUACAUAGAAAGCCAACAUCAAAUGGUCAGUACACGAAUUAUCAAAGUUGGGUCCUACUGAAGCAAAAAGAGAAACCCGAUCCAUUCUCUCAGCUCGAGGGCUAGACGCAUCUGUACAGAAAAUACAAUCGAUGCCGAACUUGACUACGGUAGGCACUAACUAGCAACAGAUAUACAUCUAAAUUUAUUGGGAAAAAUCUUAAGCCAAAACAACGUGGUGUCCACAGCACCAAAGAUUUCGUUAACAUUCAGUUUGAAAUAGAUACUGUGGCAGAAAUUCUGAGAAACAGGCUUGCAAGAUCUCUGAGGAAAACAUCCUAUUCGACUGAACUCUGCAUUAUCUUUCCUAGUCGGUCUAUGGUCCGAUGUUAUGUGAAGGACAAGCUCCCACUUUGGUCCAAAUUAAUGUGCAUUUAUCAGUUUACUUGUUCUUGUGGAGCAGGCUAUAUUGGUCGCACAAAGCGAGCCCUUUCGAAACGCAUCUCCGAACAUCAUCACCCUACCUGGCUUUGCAAAGGAUUACAGAAGUCAGUCAAAAGCUCGAUCUUGGAGCAUCUAGUCUAUCCUGGUCGCUCCGCUUCUCCAGAAUUAUACAUGGAAAAGUUGGCUCGAUAUAAAUGCAGAUGGACAACUUGUGUACGGCAGAUUCUAAUGUUAAUUAACCAGUUUAAGCCUAACCUUUUCCUACAAAAACAAUAUGUUCAGUCCCCCACCCUUAACCUCCCUUUCUAUCUUCUAUGAUCUGUCGUAUUUCUCUUUAUUUCAUUGUUCCUACUCCUUUCCAAUUAUUUUCAGAACUAAUUAGUAACUACUACAACCUUUUGAUUAUUCUGUUCUUAAUAACUAUCAGGUGGGCAAUCAUUUCACUUUUUCACCAGCCGAUUAUUACAACCUCUCUUCAAUAUCUGAUUUCCAAGUCUUAACAUACCACUCCAAGUUUCUUAAUUAAUUAGCACCUUUCUACCUUACCAUAGAACACUAUUUUAGCAAAUAAAGAUGUAUCCUUUUUUCCAAAUCAGUAGUGUGUCAAAUAUUUGAUUAAUCACAACUAGGUUACUUGUCCCUCCAUGUUUGUUAAGUGUCUUUUUUGUGCCAAUGAAGGAACACAGCAGGCAAUGGAUUUUAAAUUCAAUUAAUUAUAGUCAGUUAUACACCCGUUUCCAUAUAAACCUUACCAAGCUUUCCAAUACGGUUUAAAUGUUUAUCUGAUGGUGAAUUAGUUCGUCGUUGUAAUUUAAGUCUUUGAAAAUGUACUCAACUUAUGACCUGCUAUUGCACAUGGCAAUUUUGUACAAGAAUCAGAAAUACUAAUAGCUCUUCUCAUGGAAACAGACUGAAGAUCUCAAUUGUACGUAUAUCACACUAGACAAGUGGUUGAUCAUCGUCACAUUCUUACAUUUUAGCCAAAUGCAAUCGAUAUCAUCUCAACAAAAAGAAACAGACGUUCAGUACCCCCCUUCUAAACGUAUUUUACCAUUAAAUAUACUCUUUCAGAAGUCUCUUGGAUCCUAAAUGCAUCUUAUGUUUUAAGUUUAGUCUAUAACUCAGAUUGUGAUUGGUAAAACAGGG